AUGUCAGUUUCAACUACUAAACUUGAUUCUUUAAGCGAACAACAAGUUAAAUCUGACCAUGAACAUAUACCUACUAUAGUUAAAUCAACAGAUAAAAUUCGACAAAAAGUCGACGGUCGUCAUUGGCAAUUAUUUGAAGCACGCUUAAAAAAUCAAUUACCAACAGCAAAUAAAGAAAACUAUACUAAUUCAAAUAAUUACCGCGUAAUUGAUCGAUUAAAAAAAGUCGAUCAACCACAACAACCGAUUGAACCCAAUCGACGAUGGGAAACAUUUUGUAACCAAGUCACAAAUGAAUCAAACGAAACAAAUCGUGUUAUGUCUAUAUUUCAUAGUGUUUGGCUCCAAAAUUGGCAUACAAAGUCAACAAGCGAAAUACCAAAACGACACAUGACUGAUCCAAAAUUGGAUGAAAAUACUUUUUUAAGUCGUAUAUCAACUAAUGAUAAUGAUCGAAAAGUAAUUUCCUCAAUACUUAAUCGAAGUACUUCAUCUAAUAAUGUUUCUUCUGACAAAUAUAAGAAAUACGUAACGUGA